AUGGCCAACGAAUAUGACAUCGAUAUGUUGAAGGAAGAGAGCCAGCAGAUAGAACGCGCAGAGUCCAAAGAUAACGCUGAAACCACACAAGAUGCCAAGUUCGAGAAGAGAGUUCUUCGAAAGAUCGAUACUCGACUUUUGCCAAUCUUGGGAUGCCUUUACACCAUCGCGCUUGUAGAUCGAUCUAACGUCGCAGUCGCCCGCAUCUCGGGUAUGGACGAGGAUCUCGGUCUUGCACAAGGCAACCGAGUCUCCAUCGCUUUGAUGGUCUUCUUUAUCGGGUACAUCAUCUUCGAAAUUCCCAGCAACGCUUUCAUCCACAAACUUGGGGCUGCAAACUGGCUUGCAUUUCUCGCUGUCGCUUGGGGCUUGGUGUCUCUAGGUAUUGGAUUUCUGCACAAUUGGAUCGGCCUUGCCAUUCUCCGGUCGUUACUUGGAGUUUUUGAGGCUGGAUUCUUCCCAGGCUGCGUCUAUCUUGUGUCGUCCUGGUACAAGCGGUACGAGGUGCAGAAACGUAUGGCCGGUUUCUUUCUUACAGCUUCCGCCCUGUCAGCAUUCGCCAACAUCCUUGCGUAUGGGCUGAUCCAGAUCUCCAAGCAUCAUCAUUACAAAGGAUGGCGCUGGAUUUUCAUCGUCGAAGGUACCAUCACAGUUAUCGCUGGUAUCGGGUCGUGGUUCAUCAUCGUCGACUUUCCAGACUCUGACAGAAACACAUUCCUUACUGCCGAGGAACGCGCAUUCGUCAAGGCUCGAUUGGCCGAGGACCGCGGCCCUGAGGAACACGAGAAGGUAACCAUGAAGAUUUUGGCAACGACUGCCGCUGAUUGGAAGCCAUGGGCUUACUCUCUCAUGUACAUGGCUGGAGCUGUCGGGGUAUACGCCUUUCUGUUUUUCCUCCCAAUCAUCCUCCGAGGCGGUCUUGGGUAUUCUCUCGAGCUUUCAUUCAUCCUCAGCACUCCCCCAGCCCUCUUCGCAGUUGUAGAGGCUAUGACUAUCUCAUGGCUCGCUGACAAGUUCCAAAUGCGCGGACCCUUUGUUAUCUUCCAAGGCCUUGUUGGAAUAAUUGGACUUUGUAUGACUGGGUUCCUCAACUCUCCCACGCCCAGAUAUAUCGGCACCUUCCUAGGAGUUGCCGGUGCCAAUGGUCUUGUCGUGACGACACUAGCUUGGCAGGCUAACAAUAUUGUCGGCGACGCACGACGUGCGGUAUCUACCGGUAUCCUGAUCAGUGUCAGUGGUGUUGGUGGCAUCUACUCGAGCAUGGUUUUCCGUCAACAAGAUGCACCCAAUUACCUCCCAGGCAUCAUCGCCGUUAUGGCAAUCAAUGUUGCGGCUGUUGUCGUUGCUGCUUUAACUAUGCUUGUCCUCCGCCAUAACAACAAGUUGGCUGAUGAAGGCAAGUACCUGUGCGAGGGUCGGGAAGGGUUCAGGUAUACUUUGUAG